AUGGUAAGAGAUUGCCAAGAAACGAAAUGUUUCGAAUGUGGAAAAUAUGGACAUAUAGCUCCUUUUUGCCCGGGAAAACGUGAUAAAUUACGUUGUGCGGGUUGUGGACGAUUUGGUCAUAAUAGGGAUGAAUGCAAUGUUGCCAAUUUCAAUACAAGGGGCGGUUUUCCACAGAGAGAUAUGGCUCAAAUUGCUCCAAAUGUAAGAAUUUUUGAAAGCGGGAAAAAUAAGGGUAUAGAAAUAUCCAAUUUAACGGAGAAUAAAAGUUUAAAUAAUAUAUGCUUUCGAUGCCGCAAAGAAGGACAUGUGGCGAGAGAAUGUCAGUAUUGUGACUAUAUGAUAGCAAGGGAUAUACCACAGAGAUCGAGAAGCGGUGGGUCAAAGAAAUGGAAAAAUUUAAUUAUUGAAAUAAAAGGGAGAAGUCGAAAUGUAUAA